GCAGGGGCCGGGAGAAGGGAUUGCACAAGCCUGCAAACUGAAGAGGAACCAAGUCGAGCAGGGCAGGCGAAGAGCCGAGCGGCAACCUGGCUAUGUGGGAUAGUGGCAUCACAAGACCCUCCCAUGCCCUCCAGCCUUACUUAACCCUCUCCCCCAGAGCCUCAGUCAUCAGCACUCACCAUCCUCCCCCAGCGUGAAGGAGCAGAGACAGCAUGGGGAACACCAGCCUGCUGCUCCUUGUGCUCAUCCCGGCAGGUGCCCUGGGGAGCUGGAUUAUCGGGGGGAAGGAGGUCAAGCCCCAUUCCCGGCCCUACAUUGCUUCCAUCCAGCUGGAUGGUCGGCACGUCUGUGGGGGAUUCCUGGUCUGGCGCAAGUGGGUGAUGACGGCAGCUCACUGUGUGAUUCCCAGACAUUCCCCCGCUGUGCGCAUCGUGCUGGGGGCUCACUCCCUGAAACACCAGGAGGCCUCUCAGCAGAUCUUCAGCAUCCGGGAAUCCAUCAUGCACCCGCACUUCAACGCCCGGACAGUCCACAAUGACAUCCGCAUGCUGGAACUGAACACGUCGGCCAUCUUUAACCAGUUUGUGAAGCGGAUCAGGCUCCCCAAACCCAACACCGACCUCCCUCCUGGGGUCGUCUGCAGAGUGCUGGGCUGGGGCGACACCUCCAAUUUUGGCACCAUCCCCACCGAGCUCAGGGAGACCCAGACGACCAUUGUGGACAGGAAGAUCUGCAAGGCGCUGUGGGUGGGUCACGUCAACAAGGACAUGCUGUGCGCCGCCAGCCUUAACAGCACCCUCCAGGGAGUCUGCUCGGGGGAUUCCGGGGGCCCCCUCAUCUGUGGGGGCAGGGUACACGGCAUAGUCUCCUUCUCCGGGCAGAGGUGCGGGAAUCGCAGGUACCCAGACAUCUACACUCGCAUUUCCAAGUACAUCUCCUGGGUCCACGACGUUCUGAAGCGCUUUUAAUCCUGGAGCCCAGAGCUCUGGGGGCUCCUUGUGUGACAGGGAUUCUGAAGAAGGGGAUGUUGGGACUAUGAAAAAGAGGGAAGGAUUGUUCUCUAUUGGGCAGUUAAUGUGACUUUUAUUAUAAAGUCUGUAGGGUCUGGUGUUUAGGAUGGGGGUGGGAGGGGAUGUGCAUCAGGACUCAUGAGUUCUAUUCCCAGCUCUGUGGGGGGCAUGUGGUGUAGUGGCACCUAAAAGUUGGGGCUUCUGUGUUUUAUUCCCACUUGGCCACUGAGUGAACUUUGGCUGAGUCCCUGCCUCACGCUGUGCCUCAGUUUCCCCAUAUGUAACAUGGGUAGAAAGGUACCUGCCUCACAGGGCUGUUGGGGGAGACUUCAUGGGUUAGUAUCUGUGAAGUGCUUGGAGAUGCUCAGGGGAAAGGGGCAGAGAGGUCAUGCCCAUCAUCUUGCCUGAGGUAUUUCAGGACAAGCCUAGCUCUGCAGUAGCAUUGUACCCCUCUGGGCCCAUGUUUCCGUGUCCUACGCAGCCUCACAAAAUGGGUGUACAGAAGGACACGUGGCCUUUCCCAGGCGCCUGGAGGAUCAUCACCCCAGCCUUAUAUGGUGCUUGAUGUAAUACA